AUGGAAUGCAACGAUUAAAAUAAUCUUAGAAUGAAUGAAAGCGAGUCCGUUUAUGGGACUACGUUGUCUCAGGAAUCGAUAAAAGUAAUUGCGGAAAGUAUAGGUGUUGGAAAUUUCCCUGACGAAGCUGCUAAAGAUCUUGCCGAGGACGUAAGCUACAGACUCAAGGAAAUUAUACAGGAUGCUGCCAAGUUCAUGAGACACGGCAAACGUCAGCGUAUGACGACCCAUGAUAUAGACCAUGCCCUAAAAAUUAAGAAUAUCGAACCUACUUAUGGAUUUUUUGCCAAGGAUCACGUACCGUUCCGUUUUGCUUCUGGCGGUGGUCGAGAACUACAUUUUGUAGAAGAAAAAGAAAUUGAUCUCAAUGAAGUUAUAUCUAUGUCUGGUGGACAAACGUGGCCCAAGUUACCUUUAGAAAUUACGCUGCGUGCCCAUUGGCUUUGUAUAGACGGUGUUCAACCGACGAUACCAGAGAAUCCGCCUCCGGUCUCUAAAGACGUUCAAAAACUAGAGAGUGUCGAUCCAACCAGUAAACUAUCGAACAAGAGUCAAAACAUCGGUGUUGGAAAACCAGGAGGCGGAGGAAAGAGUCAGAAAUUACGUAAUGUGGAAACCGUUCAUGUUAAGCAGUUAGCGACUCACGAAUUGAGCGUCGAACAACAAUUGUAUUACAAAGAAAUUACGGAAGCUUGUGUUGGAUCGGACGAAGCACGCAGAGCAGAGGCACUUCAAUCGCUUUCUGCUGAUCCUGGUUUACAUGAAAUGUUGGCGCGAAUGUGCACCUUCAUCGCGGAAGGUGUCCGCGUUAAUGUAGUACAAAAUCAUCUUGCGCUUCUUAUUUAUCUUAUGCGAAUGGUUAAAGCUCUUCUGGAUAAUCCUAGCCUUUACCUAGAAAAAUACUUGCAUGAAUUGAUACCGUCUAUCGCAACUUGUAUAGUGUCGCGGCAAUUAUGUAUGAGACCAGAGGGUGACAAUCAUUGGGCGUUACGUGAUUUCGCUUCGCGCCUUAUGGCUCAAAUUUGUAAAAAUUUCAAUACCUCUACGAAUAACGUACAAACCAGAGUAACCAGAAUGUUUAGCCAAGCAUUGGCUAAAAACAGUCAGACCCCAUUGGCAUCCCUUUACGGUGCGAUCGAGGGAUUAUGCGAGUUAGGUCCGGAAGUAAUUAAGGCGUUAGUUAUUCCUAAAAUUAAAUCGAUUUCGGAACGUAUCGAAUCGUGCAUCGAAGGACCAGGUUUGUCGAGUGUGGAUAAAAAUGGAGCAGGUCAUAUAAAAACCUUACUCGUGAAAUCAGUUGCUCCUGUUUUGAAAACUGUCCGAUCUCCGCCGGAUUACGUGGAAGAUUACAAACAGGAUUAUGGUUACAUUGGCCCCGCAUUAUGUGCAGCAGUUGCAAAGGCUCGUACACAGCCAGCAACGUUAGCAACGACUGCAUCGACGACAACGUCUCUAACAACGAGUCAACAGGGUCCCACGUGCGCCGGAAAAACUAUUGUACAAGCUGUGACAAGUUCCAGCCCUGGACAACAAACUGGACGUACAAUAAUGUUAGGUACAAGUAGAACUACCGGUGGAACUACUACAAGCGGUGGACAAAAAUUCGUUAUUUUGCAAUCACGAUCACAAACACCGACCACUUCAAACAUUAAUACCAGUGCGCUUCAGCAGCAGCAGCAGCAGCAGCAGCAGCAACAGCAGCAACAACAACAACAGCAAUCUCAGUCGCAACAGCAGCAGCAGCAGCAGCAGCAGCAGCAGCAGCAGCAACAGCAGCAGCAACAAGUUAAAAUAGCUCAAACCAAUGUCGGUCAACAAAAGACACAUAUACAGAGCAGCGCACCGAAAUUGGUGGUCGUUUGUAUGUCAAGCGGUAGCCACUCGACUACGACGGUAACUCAGGGAAAUAUAACGACAAAAGCACAGAAUGUUUUUGUGUCCCAACAAAGUGUUGAAUGCUCCCUAAGCCCAGAAGAAGAACAACAUUCUUUUCAGUGCUAGCGAACGAGGUGACAUGGAACGUGUCGGCAAAUUUCAGAUAUUUUGUACAAAAAUAAAUUCCAAAUAUUAAUACACCUAAUAUACUAAGAAUAAAGAUGUUUUUAUAACGAGUAC